AUGCAUAACGCGCUGGCCAUCCUCCACUCCAUCUUCUUCAUCGUAUCUUCUACAGGCGCCCGCGUCGUGCCUCCCCAUCAAUCUCCCUCUCUACUAUCCCCCACCACCCUCCACGACAAAUGCACCUUUACGCUCUGGCAUAAACAACUCUACAACCCCUCUUCGCGCUCCACAUCAUCAUCCUCAUCUUCCAACGCACCACCACGCAGCAAGGCAAUAAACUACAUCCAAAUCAACACCCUAACCGACCAUGCAAACGGCCUGAUCAUCGACAUCGCGCACCUCCGUCCCACAGCGGCGUUCCACAGCUACAGCAAGAUCUCGCAGAACCAAGUCUUUGCUAUUGAAGGGCUGCUUGAUGGUACGAAUAUGACGGUUAGGGCUCCAGACAGCAGUAUCAGCAGCAGCAGUGAUGAUGAAUUGAGAUUUGAAAGCGAUGGGGUGAGUUGGACGAGUGCGGAUGAUCAUGUAGAAGACAAGGAACGGAGAGAGGCGUGGUGUGAGGUUGGAGAGUGGGAUUCAACUAACGGGAUGCAGGAGCGGAGGAUGGAGUGUGCGUUUCCUUGUGGGAAGAUUGAAAAGGAGGAUAACGAUGACGACGAUAUGGAGGAGGAGAGAAUUGAGCUACGGUGA